GCAGAAAACUCAGUUUGCGCUCUGUAACCGAAAAGAAAAAGAAAAUAAAAAAGAAAUUCGUGAUAUAUUCUAUCUAUGCGUGGGGAAUUACUUUCAUUGUCAACGCUGUUACUGCCAUCAUGGAUGCUCCCGGUAUACCGAAGAAUUGGAUUCGACCGCGAAUGUGCACGAGAAAAUUUUGGAUUGGUGGAGAUAUUGCAUCUUCGGUGUAUUAUUAUGGACCCAUGGGUGCCGCUUAUUUUAGUAACAUUUUCUUAUUCGUCGCCACGGCACUAGCGAUUCUAUAUCAUAAUAAACAUACCGCCCAUCAGUUGAGAGAUUCAGAGAGUCGGCGCUACGAUAAGAAAAAGCGCAAGUUUACUAUGUACCUAAAGCUGCUCAUAGUGAUGGGACUAAGUUGGACUAUAAGUAUAAUAUUGUGGCUUGUCAAUAGUACUUAUACCGUACCGGAGAUACUCUGGAAUAUCAGCUUCUUGAUAAACAUUUAUCAAGGCGUCAUCAUUUUCAUCUUAUAUGUGUGCAAAAGGAAGACCUUGCGGUUGUUGCUUAAACGAUUCGGUUGGCAGACUCACGGUCCGUCUUUAAAUAUCAUUUCAUCGAGCAAUCAGUCUACAGCGUCCGAAAAUACAACCCACAUCCCAUCGGUAUCGGAAUCAGUGCAUAUGCAAAAUAUCAAUCUUUCUAUUAAUCAGGAGCCCAAUCAUUACGCAAAGUUUAAUGCAAAAUAAAGGAACAAAUUUAUUAUAUUUAUAAAUCAGUAGUUAAUCAGCAUCAUAAUUUAAUUCUCUAGUCAAGGAUUGAGCUUGCGUUAUUGUAUGUACCUCGCUCCUUGUUUGUACAGACACUCAUUAUGUACUCGUGGAAUAUUCCAAAAGUAAAGUUUACAUGUAAUUAUUAUAAAUUUCUACGUAUGCAUAUAAAUUCUACGGAUGCAUAUAAAUUACUGUUGAUGGAUUUUAUAUAUUAUAAUAAUAAAAAGAGUAACUUAAGUACGGUUUUCUGUGACUUUUCGUACAUACAUUAUUUUACAGCAUUCGUUUAUAGCCAUAGGAUUAUCUUGGAAUGUUAAAUUUACAUAAAAUCAGGUUUAUCAGAAUUUGUAGUAAGCUUGGCAUCGUUAAUGGCAUACUAGCAUGCGAAUAACCUGACAGGAAUGCGGCGUAUUGUGAUUCAUAGCGCACAAUCGAAAAUAUUUGUCCUUACGAGAUUUUCGACGAGUGUUAUCAAACAGUCGAGACGGAUCAGCCAGCUGAUUACUAUUAUUUCGACGAUCGUCUUAGCUUACGGAACGCAACUUAUAAUUUAAAGAGACUUUGUGAGACUUUAAUAAAUAUACAUAUACGUACAUUCGAAAUAUAUGUAGAUUUUAAUUAAUUAACUGAAUAAAAUGACUAGGCUUUAUAAGGCCGGUUUUUAAUCUUUAA